AUGGUUCUUCAAGGACGAACUAAUAAGAAACAAACCAAGGCUGUUGAUAAGCCAUCUCCAACUGCAAAUAUAUCGAAAAUCGGGUCUUUAAAGAGGUUUUCAGACCAAGAUUAUGCAAAUUCUUUGUUACAUCAAGUAGCCAAGCUGGUAGCUCCAAUAUUGCAUAUGAAUAAUUUCAAGGUCGGAACACUAUGUGAGAUGUAUCCUAAAAACCCUAAUUUGUUGGGACUUAAUGUUAAUAGGGGACAGAAGAUUUUGAUACGGCUACGUUACCAUUCGAAUGAAAAGCUGUUUUAUCCGUUAGGUGAUAUAAUAGGCACAAUGCUACACGAGUUGACACACAAUUUAUAUGGUCCUCAUGAUGCCAAAUUCUACAAAUUCUUGGAUGGGCUUAAGAAAGAUUUUGAAAAUAUUCAAUACGGAACCUUGGCCAAGUCGAAUUAUGUAUGCGAAGAACAGACACUAGGAGGCGUGUAUAAUCCUAGAGGAGGGUACAUAUCCGUGAGAGAGAAGAGAAUAGCGGCUCUUAGCGCUCUUAAGUUUAAAUCGGAGUCCAGAAAACUAGGCACUUCAGCUGCAAGCAAUCGAAUGAAUAAAGCUAAGAUGCCUACUGACCCUGCAGCACUUCGGAAGUUGAUUUUGGAGGCCACGGAAAGACGGCUUAAAGACUCGAAGUGGUGUCCUACUGCAUCAGUUGAUACGAAGGAUAUUGAGCCUGAUAAUGAUGAUUUAGAUAUUGUCAUUGUGGACGAAGAAGAAAAUGGUGAACAAAAAGAGAGUAACUUGAAAUUGACCCAAACGUUGAAUAAAAAAAGCUUAUCGGAAAAAAAAGGCGCCGAAUUCAAAGAAGUUAUAGACCUAACGAAUGAAGAAUACGAAGGAAAAUUGAUCGGGGAUGAUGAAAUUAUUGUAAUAGAGGGAUGCGAAAAGGAAAUUUCUCAAGAAGGUACAUCUUCAUUUAUGCAACCAAUAACCACAGCUGAUUCUCCACUGGCAGACACAGAUAGCAUACGGCAAGCUGAAAAUGGUGUAAAGAAGAAUAUUGGAACCUCCCAAAUGCCAGUUCCGAGCCUUUUACCGCCACUUGACGACGACACUCAACGUGGGUUUACAGUCAAUGAUACACAAGAAACUGAUACAGAUGAACCAAUGCAGUAUUCUUCCUCCCCAUCAUAUGGAAGAACCUUCAUCUACGAGGGAAAUAGCGAUAAAUACCCAAGAAGGAAACUAGUAGCGGACUUGGAUUUUGAUCAAAUAUUAAAGAAGGGUGAUAAGAUGCGUGUUUCAAAUUCCCUGCCCUCAUUAAAUGAAGAAUUAUCGUUAGAAAACAUCAAUGUAAGGUCUGCAAUGGAUAAACUGGACCAAGAAGCAAUGCACGUGAAGAAAGAUAGCUCUUUGAAAGGUGAUUCAGAACAGAAUUACACCCAAAUAUCAAAUUUGGAGAAGACUACAACAGAACCUACAAGCAAGUCUAAUAAGAAUACAUCUGAGCAGGCUAAGAUGGAAUCUAAGAGAAGAAAGAGUGGAAAGAAGAAGGAUUCCUCAAAAGACUCUAGUAAGACCGCCAAGAAUGCUAAAAAAACUGCUAAAAAAGCUGAACAACGAGAAUUGAUGAAGAAGACGGUUAAAUCAAUUGACUUUGAAGAUUUAUUUAGCAAGCAAUGA